AUGGCCAGAAGAGAAGCACAUAAUCGUGAUCGUGAUGGUGAUCCUGUUGCUUUAUUGGAUUUCAAGUCAAAAAUUCAGCAUGACCCUUAUGGGAUUACGAACUCAUGGAAUGACUCUCAUGAUUUCUGCUCGUGGAAGGGAAUUCUAUGCGGUCGCAAGCACAAAAGAGUGACCAGCAUAGAUCUUCAAAGCAGAGGCUUGGUUGGCUUCUUGUCACCUUUUCUUGGAAACCUCAGCUUUCUUCGUACGUUGAUGCUAAGUAACAACACCUUCCAAGGUGGAAUCCCUCCCCAGUUUGGAAAUCUCUUCAGGCUGCGGGAACUGUAUCUGUCACGGAACUCCCUGGAAGGCGAAAUUCCGAGCAAUCUAUCCCAGUGCUUCAAGCUUUUGCAUCUUAACCUAAGCUCCAAUAAGCUAGUUGGGAGUAUACCGCCAGAAUUUGGUUCUCUGAGGAACCUUGAAUCCCUCGUGAUUCGCAACAAUAGCCUAACAGGAAUUAUCCCACCUUCCAUGGGGAAUCUUACUUCCCUGAGUAUACUAUCUGCGGCCAUAAAUCAUUUGGAGGGAAAAAUUCCCGAAGUAUUAGCUCAGUUGAAAACGUUAAAACGCAUUGCAUUUGGCGGAAACAGACUAAAUGGUAACAUCCCUGUUUCUCUCUAUAAUCUUUCUCAACUGGAGGUUUUGUCUCUGCCAGUUAAUCAGCUACAUGGAACUCUUCCUUCAGCAUUAGGUCUCAUGCUUCCUCAGCUUGAGUAUCUCCAGUUGAGAGACAAUCAGUUCUGGGGGGUACUUCCAGCCUCUUUGUCGAAUGCCUCUGAGCUAGGCUGUAUCGACAUUGGAGACAAUGGAUUCAGCGGCAGAAUAGCAGUUGAUUUUGGAGGCCUGCAAAAUUUUAGUUUGCUAUAUGCUGCAAAUAAUAAUUUUGGAAGUGGGGAAGUACUGGAUGGAUUGCAGUUUCUCAGUACCAUGACAAACUGCAGCCAAUUAGUUGCAAUUGAACUAGCUCACAACCAACUAAAGGGGAUCUUGCCCAACAGUAUCGGUAACUUAUCAUCCCAAAUUUUGUCACUUAGACGAAACCAAAUAUACGGAGAAAUUCCUUCAACGGUAGGUAAUCUCAUCAGCUUAACGAAUUUAUUUCUUGACAGUAAUCAACUCACAGGGACAGUUCCUAGUACAAUUGGUUAUCUUCACAAAGUCCAGCGGCUGUCUCUUCAGUCCAAUAAAUUGUCAGGAGAAAUUCCAGAGUCUGUAGGAAACCUCUCACUGUUGAAUGAACUAUAUUUAGCUGAUAACCACCUGGGGGGAUCCAUUCCACCAGCUCUUGGAAACUGCAAGCAGUUGUUACUCCUAGGACUUUCUAAAAACAACUUGAGUGGUACGAUACCAAAAGAGAUUUUUGGGAUAUCUUCCCUGUCCAUUUCAUUAGAUCUUUCUCAGAAUCAUUUAUCUGGAACCAUACCAUCAGAGGUUGGCAACUUGAAAAACUUAGAUGGAUUGGAUCUCUCACAAAAUCACCUGUCGGGUGAACUUCCUGGGACCUUUGGUGGUUGUAGUAGCCUUGAAAUCCUUUCCCUUGCUGGUAACUCUUUCCAGGGAUCUUUUCCAGAAUUUAUCAGUUCUUUGAAAGGUAUUCAAAAUCUUAACCUUUCUAGUAACAAUUUUUCUGGACCAAUCCCCCAAUUUUUAGUAAGAAUGUCCAUAAAGUCCCUGAAUUUGUCCUUCAAUGAUUUUGUGGGCGAGCUACCAACACAAGGUAUUUUUGGAAAUGCCAGUGCAGUAUCAGUUGUUGGGAACAGGAGACUCUGUGGAGGCAUUCCUGAACUACAACUGCCAAAGUGCCACCCUCUGAGAGAGUCAAAGAAAAAUAAGAAGCUUCUCAGGUUCAUCAUACCAGUGGUAAUUACAAGUUCCUUCCUGGUGAUAGUGCUACAGACAACUUGUUCAGCUACUAAUGGUUUCUCUGCAGAAAAUCUAAUUGGUGCUGGUAGCUCUGGCUCCGUAUACAAAGGAGUGCUGACUGAAGGAGGAAACUUGUCAGUGGCUAUCAAAGUCUUUGACCUUCAACACCAUGGAGCCUUCAAGAGUUUUAUUGCUGAGUGUGAUGCAAUGAGAAACAUCCGGCAUCGGAACCUCGUGAAGAUUAUAAGUUCUUCCUCGGGUCUGGAUUUCCAAGGGAAUGAUUUUAAAGCUUUAAUCUACGAGUUCAUGCCCAACGGCAGUCUAGAAACUUGGUUGCAUCGAACAGAUGAACAUCAGCAGCACAUUUUUCCUAUACCAAACCUUCUUCAGCGAAUUAAUGUUGCUAUUGAUGUGGCUUGUGCGGUUGAUUAUCUACAUCAUCAUUGCCACAAGCAGAUUGUUCAUUGCGAUCUAAAACCAAGUAAUGUUCUACUGGACAGCGAUCUGACAGCCCAUGUUGGAGAUCUCGGGCUGGCAAAAUAUGUUCAUUCAGCUUCAAAUUUACAGGAAACGAGCUCUGCUGGAAUCAGAGGAACUAUUGGAUAUGUAGCUCCAGAGUAUGGCUUAGGUGCCGUGGUAUCAAGUAAUGGAGAUGUCUACAGCUUCGGAAUCCUAUUGCUGGAGAUGAUAACAGGGAGGAAGCCCACACAUCCUUUGUUCACUGGAGGCCUUGAUCUUCAUACAUAUGUUGAAAUGGCAAUUCCUGAGCGCGUGAUGGACAUUGUGGAUCCAGUACUUCUGAGUGAAGAUCACAGAAGAACUACAGCAGCCAAUAACAGAAGCAGUCCACUAGGGGAAACAAAAUGCAAUUUACUAGAGCAGUGUUUGAUUUCAUUGCUUAAAGUUGGCUUGGCUUGCUCCAUGCACUUGCCAGAAGAUAGAAUAAAUAUGACGCAAGUUGUUUGCAGAUUAAAAUCUAUCAAGGACACAUUUACCAUGGCAGAGCUUUGA